UCUUCCGGUGGACUACGUAACAGAAGACGUUCGAAGGCCUGCACGGAAAGCGUCUGUUUUACGUUAUUUAUCCGCAAAACACAACAGUUGUUCCCUACGCGUUAAACUUAGACUUUUGUUCUUUUUCAUCACGUUUGUACGCGUGUAGCAUCAGAAUUCCUGCGUUUUAUUCGAGUUUUUCUUUCGGAGGUUUGAGAACAAGUCGCGUGUAGCAAAGCUUGCAAAACAAACAAACAAACAAGCAAAACAAACAAACAACAACGACGCGACAACUUUGAAUUCAAUUUACAGUAAAAACAUUUUAACAUAAUUAGUUUGCACGAGAUACGAUUGAAAAUUACUAUUUAAUAUAAGAAAAAGUCAAUAACAAGAGGAGAAAUGAGAGGCAGCUCUUCCUACGGGGACAGAGACCGUGGACGGGACAGAGGGGCCCGCUUUGGGUCCAGUCGUGGAGGUCCUCCUCCCCCCAAGAAGUUUGGGAACCCAGGAGACCGACUGAGGAAGAAGAAAUGGGACCUUAGCGAGCUGCCAAAAUUUGAGAAAAACUUCUACAGUGAGCACCCAGAGAUCCAGCGUAUGAGUCAGUAUGACAUAGAGGAGUUUUGCAGAAAGAACGAGAUCACUGUCAGGGGCUCCGGGUGCCCGAAGCCGGUGCCAAACUUCCACCAUGCACAGUUUCCUCAGUAUGUGAUGGAUGUAUUGCUGCAGCAGAAUUUCAAGGAGCCCACAGCCAUUCAAGCACAGGGGUUUCCACUGGCUCUCAGUGGCAGGGACAUGGUGGGCAUUGCACAGACUGGAUCUGGAAAAACACUCGCUUAUCUGCUUCCUGCCAUUGUGCAUAUCAACCACCAGCCAUACCUGGAGAGAGGAGAUGGACCCAUUUGCCUGGUUCUGGCUCCAACACGUGAAUUGGCACAACAGGUGCAGCAGGUGGCGUAUGACUACGGCAAGUCUUCUCGAAUCAAGAGCACUUGUGUGUAUGGCGGAGCUCCAAAGGGUCCACAGAUAAGAGACUUGGAGCGAGGUGUUGAGAUUUGCAUCGCCACGCCCGGUCGUCUAAUCGACUUUCUGGAGGCUGGGAAGACGAACCUGCGCCGAUGCACCUACCUGGUCCUAGACGAGGCGGACCGCAUGCUGGACAUGGGCUUCGAGCCACAGAUCCGCAAAAUCUUAGAUCAGAUCCGGCCAGACAGGCAGACACUGAUGUGGAGCGCAACUUGGCCUAAGGAGGUGCGUCAGCUAGCAGAGGACUUCCUCCAUGACUACAUCCAAAUCAACAUCGGAGCCCUGGAGCUCAGCGCCAACCACAAUAUCCUGCAGAUUGUGGACGUCUGCAUGGAGAGCGAAAAAGACAACAAGCUGAUUCAGCUGAUGGAGGAAAUCAUGGCAGAGAAGGAGAACAAGACCAUCAUUUUUGUCGAGACAAAGAAACGCUGUGAUGAGCUGACUCGCAGGAUGAGGAGAGAUGGAUGGCCGGCAAUGUGCAUUCACGGAGACAAAAGUCAGCCAGAGAGAGAUUGGGUUCUUACAGAGUUCCGCAGUGGUAAAGCUCCAAUCCUUAUCGCUACUGACGUCGCCUCACGUGGGCUGGAUGUGGAAGAUGUGAAGUUCGUCAUUAACUACGACUACCCGAACUCCUCCGAGGAUUACGUUCACCGUAUUGGGCGCACCGCCCGUAGCACCAACAAAGGCACAGCCUACACAUUCUUUACACCCGGAAACCUGCGGCAGGCUCGUGACCUGGUCCGGGUUCUGGAGGAAGCCCGGCAGGCCAUCAAUCCCAAACUUUUGCAGCUGGUCGACUCUGGGCGUGGGUCAGGAGGGGGAAGAAUGCGUUACCGUGGCGCCAGCUCCAACAACCCCAACCUGAUGUACCAGGAUGAGUGCGAUAGACGCCUGCGCUCAGCCGGGGGAAGUGGAAGCAGCAGUAGCAAGGAUAGCCGGAGCAGCAGCAGCUACAGCCGAGACGGGCGCUCGAGCCGGGACGACAGAACGUCCUCCUCGUCUUCAUACAGAGAUCGCAGCCGGGAUGGGCGGAAUAGCUACAGCACAGGCGAUCAGUAUCAGAGCUACAACAGCAGCGGAGGGGGAGGAUACAGCUCAAGGCCAGGUGGAGUGUCGCAGUCAAGUAAUAGCGUUUCAGGAGGAGGGCAACAAAACCAAUCAGGACCACCACAGGGCCCGUUUAAUCCGGGUCCUCCCCCACCACCACAGUCAGGAACCGGACAGGGUCCACAGCCCCUGAUGGCCCAGCAGUUUGUGCCUCCUCCACCACCCCAGGCCAUGAUUGGGUUUAUGGGUCCAGGGCCGUACUCGUUUGGACCUCCACCUCCUCAGCAGCAGAGAAAGUAAAACUUCUUUAAAAGAGAAACCAGAUUGUGUCAUGUGCAUUUAGUAGUGGAAGUUAAUCACUACCAGAGUAAAUGAAACUCCACAGCUCAGUGUUUGUCUUUACUGUCUGGAAUAAGUGUUUCGGCUUCACGUUCUGAGUAGGUCAGUCCUUCAGCUUAAGCAGAAGGUAAAGGCCAUGCAGAUUGUAUUAUCAACCAGAGUGUCCGCUUCACCUUAUUGUACUAGUAUAAUAUAUACUAGUGUGUGGAACAUGUAUAAUUGAGGAACAUUUUUUUUUCUUAGUUAAGAACCAGUUUAUAAUUUCUGUUUGAGAAACUAAACAUUUACCAGAAUUAGGCUACUAGUUAUUAGUACUUCUGCAGGUUGCUUUCCUAUUGAUGAUAUUUAGCUUUUCUAGCUUCAGCCUUUGGAAACCUUUUUUUGUUUUUAACUGCUUUCUACUAUUUAACAUUAAUGUAUAUGCAUUUCUCCCAUCAGCUUGCUUUAGCAUAUUAUGUGUUUGUCUAAUGAGUACAUUCAUCAUUCUAAUGGCAGCCAUUUUUGUGAACAUGCCAGUGAAAUACCAUAGGUUGAUUUAAGAUAGGGAAACGUUUGUAUGCUGUUUUGAUUAUUUCUACUUUUGUUUUUUAAUAAAGGUGGUUGCCCUGGGGGAAAAAACAAAA